CAUCCACCUUCAAUACCCACCCUCUCCAAAUAUUUGCUGUAGCAGAACAUCUUCAAAUCUUCUGGUCUCUCCAUCUCAGUUCUCAGUCCUGACUGUGUAUAGCUAAAGAAGGAAGUGUUUUAAAAAGAGGUUCAAGGGGAAGAAAGAUGAACCCCGGAAAAGGAGAGAAGCAUCAUCAUCAUAAUAAUCAUCAAGAGCCUCCUUACCAUGUCAUUCAUAAGCUUCCUCCUGGUGAUAGCCCUUAUGUUAAAGCCAAGCAUGUUCAGCUAGUUCAAAAGGAUCCAGAAGCGGCAAUAGUUUUGUUUUGGAAAGCAAUGAAUGCUGGAGAUAAAGUAGAUAGUGCCCUCAAAGACAUGGCAGUAGUUAUGAAACAGCAGGAUCGAGCAGAGGAAGCAAUUGAAGCUGUAAAAUCUUUUAGGCAUCGCUGCUCCAAGCAAGCCCAAGAAUCACUAGAUAAUGUCCUCAUUGACUUAUACAAGAAAUGUGGGAGAAUUGAGGAGCAGAUAGAACUAUUGAAGCAGAAGCUUCGGAUGAUCUAUGAAGGAGAAGCCUUCAAUGGAAAGCUUACUAAGACAGCCCGUUCCCAUGGGAGGAAGUUCCAGGUUACCAUCAGGCAAGAGGUGUCUCGGAUACUGGGAAACUUGGGUUGGGCAUACAUGCAGCUAGGAAAUUAUUUGGCAGCGGAAGUUGUGUACCAAAAGGCUCAAUCAAUUGAUCCUGAUGCUAACAAGGCUUGCAACUUGUGCUUGUGCCUUAUGAAGCAGAGACGAUAUGCUGAGGCGCAUUCAGUCCUUGAUGAUGUAUUGAAGGGUAAGCUUUCACGAUCAGAUGAUCCCAAGUCCAAAAACCGUGUUAAAGAGUUGCUUCAUGAAUUAGAAACGUGCCAAUCGACACUGUUACCCUCAAAAUCAGUGGGAUUAAGCUUAGAAGAUGCUUUUGUUGAAGGACUUGACCAUUUGAUGAACCAGUGUAACCCAUAUAGAUCAAGGAGACUUCCCAUCUUUGAAGAGAUAUAUCCACACAGAGAUCAAUUAGCCUGUUGAUCUUAUAUUCUGAGAUCUUUCUUAAUAGAACGAUGUGAUGAAUGGAUGGUAUGGAAGCGAAUAACUGGGAUUAAGAUAAAGAGUUCCUGUAUAACAAAUUUGCACUUGAAAGGAACUGUACAGUGUAUACUUUUCUAGUGUUUUUUGCAAUGGAACUCGAACACCUAUAUAAGUAGCAAAGUUGUCAUGGAAGACUCAUAAUUGAUAAACAAUAAAUUUCCAAGAUUUUGUAUA